GACAUAGUGUUGAGUGUUCCAUAGUGGUCUGUGUACGUAAGUGAGAUCGUGCGUUGUACGGAAUAAAAUAUAAUAGCAUUUUUAAUUAAAUAAAAAAUCAAAUCCAUAAUCCUAAAACGUUCUGAACUCAUGUAAUAGGAAUAAGUGUUUGACAUUUAGACUGCUUCAUAGUAAAUAUUUUCAUUUUUGUGCAGUUUUAAAUAGGUUUAGUGUACUUGCAACUACUUGAGAAACGAUCACCUAAAGACCGAAGACGACGAAGCCACCAUCCGAACAUUAAAACAGGACAUUACUCAAAGUCGGCAAGACUUUAAACUGCCUGUGAUAAAGCAUUUACAAUUUGAAUUGAAAAUUCAUAUUGGAAUAUUCGUGAUUAUAUAGUAUUGUGAUAUAAACUAUUCGAAUAGAGUUAAUAGAACGACGUGGGCAAUUGGAGAGUGAAAGGUGGCAAAAUUAGGCAAUAAGUUGGUAUUAGUAGAGUAAAGGGGGCAAUAGGAGAAUAGGAGUUGGCAAUUGAAGAAAAUUGUUGGGUAAUUGGAGAGCUAUAGUGUGUAUUAGAAAACACAGUUAGGCGAUCGGAGAGUGAAGUUAGUGUGGGUGAAAUUGAAUGUUUCUGGUGGGAUUACGAUGAGAGACGGUAUGAAGACUUGCCAGCACACGCUGACGGAUGACGUCAUCUACAAGGAGGUGGUUGUUAUUGGGAAUGGACCUAGCGGGCUGGUCACAUCGUUCAUGCUAGCGGGGAACGUGCCCUACCUGAAGGAGAUACCGGAGGACCUGCCCAUCGACGAGAUGCUCAAAGCCAGAUUAUCAAACCUGCCCCCCGGACAGAACUUGUACGAAACAGACCUUCUUGAGUUGGCGGACGGACUGGAGGGAAGAAGCCAGAAUCCUAUUCCAUUGUUGCUGGACAAUCUAUUGAGGCCUUGCGCAGACCUAGGUAUACAGGCGGACCCGCUCAUAGAGUGGAGAUUCGAUGCGAACAAGGAGAUAGAGCACGUUGUGUUGGGGAGGGGUGCCCCAGGCGGCUCGUGGCAUACCUUCCCCCCGGACGUGCGUACACUGUCCCCGGCCGCCUGGCUCACACUGCCCCCACACUGCGGCGGUAGCACCGAGCGACUGUCGGCACGCGCAGUUGCCGCCUACUGCCGCCGAUACGUGCACUCGUGUCAUCUACAGCGGUACUUCCGAUGCAACGUCGUGGUGAGCAGCGUGACACCGGUGUCCCGCGUCAGCCCGCCCUGCUGUCCCGCUUGCCCGAGAAACGCCGCCUUCUGUGUCACGGGAUAUGACAAAUGCGAGGGUCGCGGGUUCCGGUACCUCUGCCGCCGUGUCGUGGUCGCGUGCGGAGCGAACGAGCGUCCCAACUCGCUGUGCGACAGCGUCGCCUCGUUUGCUCUGCACUCUUUACACGAGCUCGAGUCAGCGUUGCGUUCUAACGUUCCCGAGCCAAAUAAGAACAUCCUGGUUGUGGGUUCGGGAGUGAGCGCGGCCGAUGCGGUACGGAUGUCGUUGGCUGCGGGAUUCAACGUGUUGCACGCACACCGCGCGCCGGCCGAGUCUCUGGCCAAACUAUCGCCCCUCACCUACCCGGACUACUGCCGCGUAUACAAAAUGAUGUGCGACGGCCCUUCAGCCAAGCAUCCUAACUACACGCCGUACCCCGACCAUGCUAUCGUGGAUGUCUCACACCUCGACCCGCAAGAAACUCCUCCCAAGCUGACACACCAUCUGGACGACGAUAUACGCCCAAAGAGAGUCAAACUUCUCAACCUUGUCACAAACCAAACCACCGAACUUACAGUAUUCAUCAUCGCAGUGUUUAUCGGAUCGAAACCAGACUUAUUCUUUCUUCAAACCAACUUCGAUAUCAACAACAUGGACGUCAAAAAGUGUAAAUGUCAUGAGAAAAAGAUUGAUGAUAGCAAAUGCUUCUUCAAAAACCAUUGGCAUUAUUUCAAAUCAGUUCUAGGGCAAAGCAUUCAGAGUUGCAAGUCGCGCUAUUUGAAUUAUACCGAAAUAAAUGGCAACAUUGAUACAAAGUGUGAAUUACCCGAUUGUCAGAACAGAGACAACUGCACGUGCGAAACGAAAGCGAAAAAUGGAUUGGCCGUGAAAGAAUGCAAAUGCGAGGUUAUUCCAUAUUCAAAUUUUACGAGGGAAAAUACUUGUCAAUGUCAAACGGCUAACCCUUAUAGCAGCGGCUUGGGCUUCGGUGUCGAUCCUAAAAAGCCAGUAGAUGGAAGAUCAAAUCCAGUAGCCAUAGAUAAAAGUACUCAUGAAAUGUUAAAUGCGCCCAAAGGAAUGUAUGCUUUAGGACCUUUGACCGCUGAUAAUUUUAUCAGGUUCAUCCCUGGAGGCGCAUUGGCUAUUGUUUCACAAAUACAUAAGGAAAUUAAAGCAGAACAGUGAUAUUAUUACAGUUAUAAAUUGUGAUUAAACUUAUUUUUUUUUAAUAAAUUAUUUUUUUACUUA